AUCCCUCACCUCGCAUGGCUCGACUGGCCAUCGACGAAUACAACCCAGACAUCGUCACCAUCAUCUGCUGCAACGACAGCUUCCAACUCGCCCUCGAUCUCAGCACCAUCAAGAUUCUGCUCCGAGUGUGCAAACGAGUCCGUUCUCUCCUGAGCUCCAAGCUGCCUCGUUUCCUCACCUGGUCCCAGAAUGCAGGAUUGUGUCAUCCCGAUGGACAAUUGCAGAUUGGCCUCACACCGAGCGACCAGAUCGCCCUCUCGCUGCAUUGCAAGGAUCAAAACACAGCCGACCGAUCCUGGCUCAUCGAACAAGCCGACCAAGGAGCGCCUUUGCAUCGUACUUCCUGGCCCGGGUGAUGCAAGUUGAUAUAUACCAAGAAGAAGACGACGAUGAGCUUGCGGAGAAUACCCAGCACCAGCUGAUAUUUCCGUAUCUGAUCAAGGCCACUGAAACUAUGCAUCCAAUGGCACACUUCCACCUGGCCGAGUGCUAUCGCAAAGGGCUUGGAGUUGACCAAGACCACACCAAGGCUGUCGAGUUGUACCGCAGUCUGGCAGAUCGUGGAAUCCCUCAGGCCCAAGUUGCCCUCGGUCGAUGCUUCGAGAAUGGCGAAGGUGUCGACCAAGACUUUGACUCAGCCAUCGAGUGGUAUUCCAAGGCUGCCGCCCAA